CUUGGACUAAGCCAGCCGUAGCGCGGGGAACGUAGAGAAGGAAGGUGGUUGACAGCCCCGGCCUCCGAUAGGCUGCCAACAAGCUCCAUUGUGUCUCUUCUCAACCUCCAUUAUCUACCUCAACAACAAACAACAACUGAACGAAUCUCACGUGCAUCCUUACGAAAUCCCUUGACCUUCACCAAUAUUCAUAUCCAUACUACCGACAGACGAGAAAUACCCGAGACCACGAAAUAAAGAACCUCACAAAGCUACCCCAAAAUGUCUGACGAUGACUUCAUGCAAGAUUCUGGCGACGAAGAUUAUGACUUUGAGUACGAAGAUGCGGACGACGACGAGUCAGGAGACAUCGGGAUCGAGAAUAAAUACUACAACGCCAAACAAAUGAAAAUAGAUAACCCGGAGGAAGCGAUCGACGAGUUUCUGGAGGUACCGGCCCUGGAGCAAGAGAAAGGCGAUUGGGGUUUUAAAGGUCUCAAGCAAGCCAUAAAGCUGGAAUUCAAACUCGGACGAUACAGCGAUGCGGUUGAGCACUACAGAGAACUUCUUACCUACGUCAAGUCGGCCGUCACACGAAACUAUUCCGAAAAGUCUAUCAACAACAUGCUGGAUUACAUUGAGAAAGGCUCGGAUGACGACAAGGCCUACCAGUGCAUGGAAGAGUUUUAUUCGUUGACACUACAUUCGUUCCAGAACACAAAUAACGAGCGUCUGUGGCUGAAGACCAAUAUUAAACUGGCCCGCCUAUGGCUAGAACGCAAGGAGUACGGUCAACUGAGCAAGAAGGUGCGGGAGUUGCAUCGGGCAUGCCAACGGGAAGAUGGGUCGGAUGAUCCCAGCAAAGGAACAUAUCUCCUGGAAUUAUACGCACUGGAAAUUCAAAUGUACGCCGAGACGAAGAACAAUAAGCGACUCAAGGCCCUGUAUCAGCGCGCUCUCCGUGUGCGGUCAGCGGUGCCACAUCCUAAGAUCAUGGGAAUUAUCCGGGAAUGUGGAGGGAAGAUGCACAUGAGCGAGGAAAACUGGGAAGAAGCGCAGAGCGAUUUCUUUGAGUCGUUCCGGAACUACGACGAGGCUGGUUCGAUGCAACGUAUCCAGGUUCUUAAGUAUCUGGUGCUGACCACCAUGCUGAUGAAAUCUGACAUCAACCCGUUCUAUUCGCAAGAGACCAAGCCCUACAAGAGCGACCCCCGCAUUUCGGCCAUGACCGAUUUAGUCGAUGCCUUCCAGCGCGACGAUAUCCACGCAUACGAAGCGGUCCUGAGCAAGAACCCUGAUGUCCUGGCGGAUCCCUUCAUCGCAGAAAACAUCGACGAGGUCAGCCGAAACAUGCGGACCAAGGCAGUCCUCAAGCUGAUCGCACCCUACACGCGGUUUACGCUGGCGUUCAUCUCCAAGCACAUUAAAAUCUCCAUCCAAGAGGUACAGGACAUUUUGAGUUUCCUGAUCCUGGACAAGAAGCUGAACGCCAAAAUUGACCAAGAAAAUGGAACGGUCGUCGUGGAAAGCGCUAGUGACGUGGAUCGACUGCGAUCCCUUGAGGAGUGGAACGCAUCGCUUCGGACCCUUUGGCGGGCCACCUUAAAUGACGGGGAAGGGUUUAGAACGGACGAAACGUCUCAACUCCACGGGUUGAGAGGCGGACCCCUCUUCCAAUCGGGAUUUGGUGAUGAAGCAACACCUGCAUUGGGUUUACGUACUGGGCGCCGAUUACGGGGUGGAUGGAAGGGUAAAGGCUCAGGACACGGGCCCAAGGUUACAGGUGCAGGCGGAUAUUAGGUAUGCGUGUGUGUGGUGUAGUAGCAGUAGUGGUAGCAGUAGCAAUAGCAGCAGUAGUAGUGAGUGGCUGUGGAAAAGAAGCAGACCAGCAGACACAAUCCCAGUUUGCUGCCGAGUUUAAUAAUGAAAAGAAG